AACCGAGUCAGCUGUGUGGCUAUUAAAAGAGCUCAAAUCCCAAAGUAUUGCUGUGGAAGGCUGGCCAGUUGUCAUGUUGGAGGAGCUCUGCUGAGGCGCGCCGCUCCAGCUCCUCAGGAGAGAAAUCAAAGCUGAAUACCUGCAGAGGACUGAGAAACUAACCAUAAGAGCUCAUAGUUACAUAGAAAAAUGAAACCCAAUGUUUCAGAGACGAACGUCCUUCCAGAGAUGGACCCUACAUGGACCACCACUAUCCUAGUUGUUCCCUGUGUGGUGGUGCUAACAGCUGGAUUCUUCUACCUCUAUGGUGCAAUUAUCAGCCUGCUGUCUAAAACAUCAGUCCGCAAUAAGGUGGUGGUAAUAACAGAUUCUUUAUCUGGGCUAGGAAAAGAAUGUGCCGGCGUUUUUCACAAAGGAGGAGCCAGGCUGAUCCUCUGUGGGAAAAGCUGGGAGAAACUUGAAGAACUUGCAGAUGAACUGGCAAACGCUUCGGAUCCUUCAGCUACAUUCCCUCCAAAGAUUGUGCUGCUGGACUUCGGAGACAUGGACAGCAUGGCGGAGGCCGUCGCAGAGAUCCUGGAGUGCUAUGGCUGCUUGGACAUCGUCAUCUUCAACAGCAGCAUGAAGGUCAAGGCUCCUGCACAGAGUCUGUCUCUGGAGAUGGACAAGCUCCUCAUGGACAACAACUACUUUGGGCCCAUCACGCUGGCCAAGGGUGUGCUGCCCUCCAUGAUCUCCAGGAGAAGUGGUCAUUUGCUCCUGGUUAACAGCAUCCAAGGGAAAAUCGCUGUGCCAUUCCGCACCGCAUACGCAGCUUCCAAACAUGCGGUUCAGGCUUUCUUUGACUGCCUGAGAGCCGAGGUGGAGGAGUUCGGCAUCUCUGUCAGCACCAUCAACCACACCUUCAUCAGCUGCUCUGCAUCCGACACAACGGAGGCGGCGACCUCGAGGUCCCUGCUCUGGUCCCUGUUGUACACCAGGAAGCCACGAGGCGUUUCUCCAGACGAGGCCACCACUGAGAUCGUAAGGACCUUGAACAACAAGAGGAAAGAAGUGCUAAUUGCUCCCUCGCUUCCCAAGAUGGCCAUUUACGCCCGAUCCUUCUUCCCCAACAUGUUCUUCGCUGUGAUGGGUGCAGGAGUGAACAACUCUGCUGCCUCUGACAACAUGUAAAGAACCUGCUUCCUUAUAGCGUAACAUUUUAUGACUGAAAAUGACAUAAAAUAAUUUAAAGAAAAGUACAUCUCUAUGAAACAACCUGUCAUGAUUAUUCUGGUAAAAUCUGGAAGCCUAAAAUGUCAUUCUGUCAUCAUUAUUCUAUUCUUUAUUGUUAUUAUUAUUAUUAUUAUUAGGUCUGAUUUGAGGAAUGUUUAUCUUGCUUUUGAUCUAGUUUUUAAUUUGUUAAUGACGGUAAGAUAAAAAAGAGUUAAUCCUGCUUUUUAGGUCUAUAAUGAAAAAAAUGGAAUUACUUUCAAAAGCACAUCAUUUUGCAGUAUUUUGUGUUAAAAGGUUGGCCUGUUUCCCACAACUUUUUAUUGAUUUUUUUUUAUUUAAAUAUCAGAAGUAUCACUCAAGCACUUGAAAUAAGCAUACAUUUCAGCUUGUAAAAGGGAAAUAAAGGUAAUGCCAAUGAUUACUGAAAAGGAAGACCAUUGAUGUAUCCAAAUGUAUUCAAAAUAAAUAAAAUAAUUAAAAAAGGC